GAACACUGGAGCGCAUAGCUGUCCUAGCUUUAGUAUAAAUUAAUGGAUUCAUCCUGGAUUACGUGUCUUUCGUUUUGCGAGCGCUUUCGUUGCUGUGUUUCUCUGCAAACAUACGACAGAGCACAGCCAUCACACAUUUUCCAACUGAUCUGAACAUAGCGUCGGAGUCGCUUGAUCAUGGAUGAUCAGCUGGUAUUUGUGGUGCCACUACAGAGACUAUCUUCACGAGUUAUUGGUCAGACUGACCAUGACGCGCUAAAAUUCUAGUGUCUUCCAACUUCAAAGAUAAAUAGUUUCCCCAGAUCUUUUGUGAUAGCGAAUUGAAUUUCGUGCUUCGUCUAGCUUUGGAUUAAUUGAAAAACGUAGAGUAACCAUGUGGUACUUUGCGCAGCCAAUCGAUAGUGUUUAAAAGUUUUCCGAUUAAUUAAUUAGAUGACAUCCUUUGUGUUUGUUGUGCCUCAUCCUGCACGGGUUAUUCAAAUCGUUCACAUUGUUUUCUUCGUUCGAGGAACAAAGAGAUUGCGAUGAAGUAUUGCGGAGAGUAGAUACACACCUACUGUAUUCCGUAAAGACGCUCUCGGAAAUUGAUUGUGGUCAAAGAGACAGGCCAACGUGUAACAAGUGAUAAAAGUGACGGACAAGAUACCGCGUUGUUCGAAGCGUUAAUAUAAACGUUCGUAAUUCGUCAGGCGUCCAUUCGAAAGCCCGCUUCUGACGUUGUUGUGACGUAGUCACAAGCAGUCAAGUAAGAGUCAGGAGAGGCUGCGAUGUUUAUUUUCGUGUUUUUCGGGCUCGAAGAAGCUGAUUCGCGACAAAGGUACAUCGAGAAGAUACAGUUUUUAUUAGACGACCGAUAAGGAUUCCGUAAUAAGAAUUCGCUUACUCCGUGUUGCUGAAUUUUACGGAAAAACAAGAUUUCCGCGUGCGAUGAACUUCGAAAUUCCGGCGACGUGAGGUGGCAGACUAUUUUGUGAUUGGUCGAAGAACUCCCCCCGAUUGAUCGCUCGCGCUGUUCAUGUGACCUUUUCCCGUUUAUGCAAACCUCGGGAGAUAUUUUUCUCACGAUCUCGUGGCAAAACAACAACAGACAUUGGUGUCCCGCGAUCCGCGCUCUCGUAUUUCGCCUGUCGCACGUGGGAAAUCCUCAAGUGUGUCGCGUCUUAUGUGCUGUGCGCGCUGUGCAGUUCUUCAGCUAGUUGAAAACAGUUGUCGAGGUGUUUGCGAUGCUGUCAAUCACGAAUAAUAGUUGCUGACGAAAGUCAUGGUCAUCAUGCGUGCAGGUCGUGAACGCAGGAGGGCCGCUAUGUAAUCCAACCGCGUUCCUUCCAUUCUUCAGACUCUGUCGUUCACGACAGUGCGUCGACUUCUUGCUUCGCCAUCCUGGCAGACGAUUCCCGAAUCUAAAGGAAAAGCUGCUCUCCUUUAUCUCCUUGCAUCUUCUUUGGCAACCUUAAUGAUUUAGUCGUCUCUGUGAUCAACCAGUUUGCACUGUCAUUGAGUGGUCAUUGUCUCUCCCACGCGUCAUCCGGGGAUCACUCUACUUGUACAGAAGCAAAGACGCUUCUUGUCGAAUCGAUCGUCGAACUUAAUUCAUUCCUCGAUUGACAUUUUCUCCCAAAAAGAGGAUCUGUACAGGCUAAUAGUACUUGCUUUCGUAUCGAUUCCACAUCGGAAUAUAUCGACUUUACUAUUUUUUCAAAUUUGUACGUUUCUUAAAGUUCGAGAAAACGUUGCCUCAUCGUUCAUAGAGUUAGAAGUUUACUUGGAGUACAGAGACUUUAUUUAUAUCCAAUUAUCCAAGUACUCUUAAAUACUGCUACCCUUUGUCAAAUGGAAGAUUCUAAGUAUAUGUAUUCUGUUAAAGAGACCUAUCGUAGACCUUGUGUUAGUACUUAACAUUGAUAUAGAAUCUUACCAAGGACCAACUGCUUUGGUAAAGUAGUAUCUCAUCCUAUUGGCAAAUGGGAGAUUCCAGUUAUCCAGAGUUUUUACUUGACCUGGGAAGUAAUGCAAUGGAUAGUAUAGUGAAACAAGAGCCUUUGCAAGAAAUGGGCCCAUCUUCAGCUUCGGUACCUAUUCCUGGAGGACAUAGGGGUGCCAGAGGAGUUUAUGAUCAAUUUUCACCUUCGCCUUUGGCAACAUCCUCUGCUUGGGGUACCAGACCUGACCACAUGGAAUCACCCUUCAAGAUGGAUCCUGACCAAUUGGAUAGUUCCUUUAAAAUGGAUGAUGACGAUAUAUUCCAAGUCGAUAAAGCUGAUCUUAUUCAGGGUCCCACGCUUGCUGAACUCAAUGCCAAUGACGAUACACUUCUUGGUGAUUUGAACUUUGAUGAUUUACUACUACCUGAGGAAAGAAUCCAACCAUUGAGAGUAGGAACCGAUCUCGGACCAUCCGUAGGUUCCCUAUUCAGUGGUGGACCUGGAUUUGCACCAAGCAGUUUUCCGCAGUCUGGUUUAACGUAUCGCAGCUGUCCACCAUACACUAACUCUUCAGGAUUUAACUUGAAUGGGGGAAUAAGCCUUAUAGAUACCUCAGAAGCAGUCAGUCCACCUGCAUUUCCCAGUCCAGGAACAAGUAAUGUUGCAGGAAGUUCAACGGCAAGCUCAUCAACCUCACCUCAUCCUGUGUCUAGGCCUUCAGGACAGUCCACACUUCACGAUCUCCUUAUGAGAAAAGGAGAAAAUCCGUCAAGUCCAAUGUGCAGUCAAAUGGAUACUACGGUCGCCUCUUCUGGAAAACCAAAAGUUUCGAGACUCUCCAUGUCAGCACCAACGCAAUCAAUGGGUUUGGAGCAGAUUUGGGCCCGUCGUGAACCUCGACAACACUUAUUGAGCACCGGCAGCCUGGGCCUCGCAGAGGCUGGUUCUACCAGCAGUCUUAGCACAGGUGGUGCUUUGAGCCCAGAUCCUCUCGGUCAUCUGGAUCCUCUUAGUCACGACGAGGGCUACGAAGACAGUGACGAGGACAGUGAUCAUUACGACGAUUACAGCAGCGAUAACGACUCCGGUGGCAGCGAUGGAGAGGAUCAGGGCGGCAUGAAGGUCGGUGGGCCUGGCGGAGAAUCAGCAAGAGAGAGGCACAGUAAGAAGGAGAGAUUCUUUUGGCAAUAUAACGUACAGGCAAAGGGGCCUAAGGGACAGAGAUUAGUCGCCAGAGCUCGCCUAGAGGAUCCACAUGUUCUGAACGAGGCAACCGAUCCAGUCUUCAGUCCUCAUUGCGCCCUGCGUGGUAUUAAGCAUAGUGGAAAAGCACGAAAGGGCGAUGGAAAUGACCUCACGCCAAAUCCUCGAAAGCUGUUCAACAUCGGACGGGAAUUAGAUAAGCUUUCUCGAGUUAUAAACGACAUGACCCCUGUCUCGGAGCUGCCAUUCAAUGUGCGACCUAAGACGCGUAAAGAGAAGAACAAAUUGGCUUCGCGAGCAUGUCGCCUCAAGAAAAAGGCUCAGCACGAAGCGAACAAGAUUAAGUUACACGGUCUCGAACAAGAACACAGGCGCCUCAUUUACGGAAUAUCUCAAGCCAAGCAAACUCUAGCUGCCAAACUGACCGAGACCAAUCUUGAGAAUCAGGAGGAACUGACGCGUCAGAUGGACAAAUUUUGCAAAUACGCUACGAGGGUGACAUUGGGCCAAUUCCUUCGAAAGGAACUUACUCGAGGCUAUCAGUUAGAGCAUGACGAGGAACGCUAUUCAGCUCGAAGAGAAAAAAUUUAUUCGUUCAUGAAAAUUCCAAGAGAGGUGGAAAAGUUCAUGUCCUAUGGAUUUUUACAAUGUGCAGAUUCAUUUUUAUUUGUCUACACUUUCUUGCCUUUGAGGUUUCUUAUGGCUCUAUGGGCUGUAGCAGCAAGACCUAUUAUGCAGUGCUUGGGCGGAAAAAACACCCGUGGUAAAAAGGGAGAACGUCUAUUAAGACCAGCUGAAAUGUGUGAUCUACUAAAAGGAGUAGUGGUAGUUGGCUGCUGGGUAGCAAUUUGGAAAGUUGACACUUCAAUGAUGUAUCACCUUGUGAAAAGUCAAUCGGUUAUCAAGCUGUAUAUUUUUUAUAAUAUGCUAGAAGUUGGAGAUCGUCUUUUCAGUGCCUUUGGUCAAGAUACGAUAGAUGCACUUCUAUGGACUGCUACGGAGCCUCGCUCACGUUCUCAUUCGCAUUCGCAGCAUCUUGGCACAUUGCCGCACUUACUAUUCGCUCUCGCUUACGUCUUAUUGCACAGUAUAUUAGUGUUAUUUCAAGCUACUACACUGAACGUGGCGAUAAAUAGCAGUAAUAAAGCCCUUCUGACCAUUAUGAUGUCUAACAACUUUGUGGAACUAAAGGGAUCCGUAUUCAAGAAGUUUGACAAGAACAACCUCUUUCAAUUAUCGUGCAAUGACGUGAGGGAACGUUUUCAUUUAACUAUGUUACUGCUUGCCGUCAGUCUGCAGACGAUGAAGGAGUACGCAUGGCGCGCUGAUCGUCUAGCUGUACUAUUGCCUGAUUGUAUUUUCUUGCUAAUAGCAGAAGUUCUCGUAGAUUGGGUGAAGCAUGCUUUCAUAACUCGUUUCAACGAAUUACGCUCUACCGUAUACCGAGAUUAUACAGUAAGUCUGGCUUACGAUAUGGCGCAGACGAGACAAGAAAUGGCAUUUUCGGAUCCGUCGGACCUCGUGGCAAGACGUAUGGGCUUUAUUCCUCUUCCCCUGGGUGUAGCGAUGGGCCGCGUUAUCAGUACUACUUUGACACCAGCAGCCAGACCCGCCAAUAUUAUCCUUUUUGUGCUAGCGUACUUGAUUCUCGUAGCACUUCGUAUAUUGAACAGUUUAAUUAUCUUAGGUAAAGCCUGCGAUUUGAUUUCAUUGCAUACGAACGCAAAUCGGUCAAAAAGCACUUCAAAACCGACACCUCGUGAUACAGAAACGAACAAUCUGGAUUCGAAUAAUCCGAGUCUUACUAUGGCUAUCUUCUCCAAUAGCGCAGUCAGUCUCAAUAACGUAUGCUUGAACGAUGCACUGUUAAAGACAGAACAGUCAGCGAAAGCGGAAAAAGCUCCUGAAAGUACGGAUGAUAUUAGCACAGCUCCAAAGAAUGUAUCGAGGGCUGGCAGCGAGCCGCUUCUUCCCCAAUGACAAAAAUUUGUGACAUGAAUAAUUUCUCAUAGAUCUUUUUUUUAUUUAUGAACUGUAAAUAACGAUAUGCUGUAAAUAUACCGAGUUAUUCAGCCCAAAUACGCCACAUGAAUUUAGCGCCCAUUUGAUUCUUACGGUGAAGUCAAGUUUUUGGGUGGUGCGUAUGGGCUGAACAACCGUUUAUUGCUCUUAGCGUGGGAUAUAUGUAUGUAUGUACACACUACAAGAAUAAUAGAACGGAUGACAGUGCUGUGAUGCGGAAAUAAACUGCAUAUAAUUUACUUUUUGUGCGUUAUAUACGAUAUUAAGAUUUCUUGUAACAAAUCUUUGGUAUAUGAAUAUGCAUAGAUGGGCAAUAUAUCUUGCCGCAUAAGCUUGGUGCUAUAACAAUUAGGGUAAGUAAAAUAAAAUAAUUUCAAAGGUA